AUGGAGACGCAAAAUUUACAGGCCGCGUCCACCUAUGUCAACAAUCUCCUGCUGGCUCGGGGUCUAGUUAAGAGUGGUCAAGCGAUUGAUUUCGCUGACCCAGAAAACAAUGAGGGAGGCAUAGAUGCCACGAUGGCCCGGGUCAUCAACCUGGUCAAUGAUCUGGUGCUAAGAAGAGAUCGUGAAUCUGAGCAUCGCGAGAGCUUAGCGACGACGAUUCGGGUUUUACGGGCAAGCGAGUCUGAGCAGACGUUAGAAAUUGGAAAAUUGAAAACGAAAAAUUCCGAGCUGUCGCGAUCACUUGCGCUAGCGGAGGCUUCGGAGCGCGCCCUCAAAUCGAACAUGACGAGUGCCGAGGCUACGAUUCGGGGGCUUAAGGAGAAGGUUCAGCGGAUGAAGUCAACCGUGCAGCAGGUCCGAGCUCAAUGCGCCAACGAUAUUCGCAAACGCGAUCUGGAACUCCAGAAGCUCAAAUCGCACCUCGCGGAGCGCCAACGAGGGAAACGGGAAGGAUUGGGGGUCACAACGAUCAAUAUCAACCCUGCGACAAAAGGAGCGUCGCAUUCAAAAUCCGGCGGUGGAGGGCGCGUUCAGGAUCCCGGUUAUUCUUUACAGCAGGAAACGACGGAAUUUCUGACGGAGUUGUGCCAAAAUCUCAGCGACGAAAAUGACACAUUGAUUGAGCUUGCGCGAAACACGGUGACUACGUUAAAGGAAUUACAAGGGCUGUCUGAAUCCGAGGGCAGCAACCAAGAUGGCGAAACAGCUGGGACAGCUGCAAGUACUGGCCCACACAACUCAGACUCGGCCGUGGCUUCGUUGCCGACAUCGUGCGAAGAACUUUCCGCGCGCAUGGAUGACGUUCUGGGACAUUUACGCACUCUGUUGACCAACCCUUCAUUUGUGCCGCUGGAAGAAGUCGAGAUCAGAGACCAAGAGAUCAGUCGACUACGGGAAGGCUGGGAGAAAAUGGAGAGCCGCUGGAAGCAAGCAGUGUCCAUGAUGGAUGGAUGGCAGCGACGAAUGACCGACGGGGGCGAUUCAGUGGGAGUCGAGGAGCUGAAGCGUGGUAUGAAGCUCGACUUGAGCUUCAUGGGUUCUGAGGAAACCAGUGGCCAGCAGGGCCGGCUCGAACCCAGCAACAUUUCGCCCAUUCUCGAGGAUCAACGAGAAGAGGAAGAUGUGGAACAAGAGCGCAAUGAGACUAAGACCGAGACCCAGGAGCAAGUACGGGAAACUCCAGACUCCCCACAUACCCGUUCAAAGGUCCGUAGAGUGCCAGGAAGAUCAGAUCGAGCCUUGAGGGAGCGCAGUGAUAAUGCUGUCGCAAGGCCCAGGCGGCUCCGCAAAGUCUCUUUUACUCCUGGACUGCAAGGAUCCCCCGCCGAGCCCCCUACUCAAGACGAAGAGACUCUGCUGAUCAAAGCUCACAAGGCGGAGACCGUAACUCGGAGGCCGUCGCGACGCAAGACCGAGACAAGCUUAUCUCGCCAGGCCAAAUUGAAGGACAGUCAGCUCAGUGUCUCACAGAAAUUGGCCGCCGUCGAGGACGAGGCCCGUCAGGCGGAGCAAUUGCGCAAAGAACGCGAGACACGAAAGCGCAGCCGGCCAGAAAAGGCCGCCAGUCGAGCUGGUACUCGGCGACGCAGUACUCUCACUAGUGAUGAACUGGAGGAUUUAAUGGGCGUUCCUUCGCGAUAA